CUGCUGAAUACUGUAAUAGGAUAGAAUGUGGUAGGAAUUUGUUCGUUGUUUCGUAGAUGUUAGUUAGCUGUUAAAGUUAGCGCGUUUGCGCCGUUGCUAAGCGGGAUUGAGUGUUGUUAUUGUAGAAGCUGUUCAUAAAAAGACGUAAGAAACGUUAUUAACGGGUGAAGGCAACGGUGGAUUUUUUCAAAUUACUGAAUGUGCCGGUAUGCCUCGGGAAAUCAUCACUCUGCAGUUGGGUCAGUGCGGCAAUCAGAUUGGAUUUGAGUUCUGGAAGCAGCUGUGUGCAGAACAUGGUAUCAGUCCAGAAGGCAUUGUAGAAGAAUUUGCUACUGAAGGGACGGACAGGAAAGAUGUUUUUUUCUAUCAGGCAGAUGAUGAACAUUAUAUUCCAAGAGCUGUGCUUUUGGAUUUAGAACCAAGAGUAAUCCACUCUAUUCGCAACUCUGCAUAUGCUAAUCUGUACAAUCCUGAGAACAUUUACCUGUCGGAACAUGGCGGUGGUGCUGGAAACAACUGGGCUAGUGGCUUCUCACAGGGAUUUGUUCUGUGUCACUCUAUUGCUGGUGGAACAGGUUCUGGUCUGGGCUCCUAUCUUUUAGAAAAGUUAAAUGACAGAUACCCAAAGAAGCUAGUCCAGACAUAUUCUGUCUUUCCUAAUCAGGAUGAGAUGAGUGAUGUGGUGGUUCAACCAUACAACUCCCUACUGACCCUGAAGAGGCUGACUCAGAAUGCAGAUUGUGUGGUUGUUCUAGAUAACACUGCCUUAAACCGAAUUGCAACAGACAGACUGCAUAUACAGAACCCCUCUUUCUCACAGAUAAACCAAUUGGUUGCUAGUGUUAGAAAAACAACUGUUCUGGAUGUAAUGCGGAGACUUCUUCAGCCCAAGAAUGUCAUGGUUUCCACAGGCAGAGACCGUCAGACAAAUCACUGCUACAUUGCAAUUCUCAACAUCAUUCAGGGCGAAGUAGACCCUACACAGGUACACAAGAGUCUGCAGCGAAUAAGAGAAAGGAAGCUGGCCAACUUCAUCCCAUGGGGACCUGCUAGUAUUCAAGUAGCCUUAUCCAGGAAAUCUCCUUAUCUGCCUUCAGCUCACCGAGUUAGUGGACUUAUGAUGGCCAAUCAUACAAAUAUCUCAUCGCUGUUCGAGAGGACAUGCAGGCAGUAUGACAAGCUAAGAAAAAGGGAAGCUUUCUUGGAACAGUUUCGCAAGGAGGACAUAUUUAAAGAGAAUUUUGAUGAACUUGAUAACUCCAGAGAGAUUGUUCAGCAGUUGAUUGAUGAGUAUCAUGCGGCCACCCGUCCUGACUAUAUUUCAUGGGGUACACAGGAGUCAUGAUUAGCGUGGAAGAAGGGGGGGAAAAAGGAAAGCUUUGUAUGUUAAAUUAUCAAGAUAGUAAAUCAUACAGCGAGACAAUACAGUUGUAAAGAGUUAGGCAUGUAUUAUAUGGUAUAUAGUAUGUAUUAUCUUACACAAUAAACAUUUUGUCUUUUCCAUUAAAAUUGUUUUUGAGUAAAAAUA